UUUCCAUGCAGAAUUAACUACCUCACUCAUGAGCCAGAGAUUCGCCAUUUGACACAGUCCUCGUUCCAACGAGUUGAAUAUUAUUAUUAUAUGUGCACUAAUACACUUUGUGAAAGUGGAGAUAUUGCUAGUCUUGGGGGCAAGAAGUAAAUACAUACGUGGCGUCACGGCUCGUUAUCAAAAUUUCUCAUCCAUAAACCUUAAACUAAUACGGGCAGACAUUUCUAGUAAGAAAGUUCGCAGAGAGAAAAGAGAUACACGUACACAAACACCUGCACAUGCACGGCAUCUCAGACCUGUUCAGGUGCUACAUACUUACAUAUAGUGAGCGAAAGGUAUCCGCACGUGCACAAUUUAUAGUCCUUUGGCUAACCAAAUUCACAAACUUUUAUUUUUAGCUUUUAGACUGUAAUGAAGUGGAAAGGGCAUGAUGAUGUGAUACAUAAUAGGCUGCCGUUAAAAGUUCUGUACACAACAGCGAGAAGUGAAGUGCUCACUUAACGAUAUUGUUUUCCUCCUGUUUUCAAAAUUUGCUGACACUUUGCCUGGGUAAAUGGUGUGGUGAAAUAGCAAUUUUCAUGCAAGUAAGUAAACUCUGAUUCAAUUCUCACCAUUUUCCUCUUGAACAAUCUCCAAAAGAAAGCAGGCACUAAUUAAUUGUUUACUUUGAUUUUAAUUGGGUGGCGAUGGCUCUUUGGAAAAUCUCAGAAUUUUGUCAUCCCAUCCACAAAGAACAAAGCUUUUAUACUUGGUAGGCACACAGACUCGUGCACAUCCUCAGAGGAAACAGUCGAGGAAAGUCAGGUCGUGUUUAACGUGGACUUUGUGUGUCCAUUAGAGUGAGUUUGAAAAGGUACAUCGAAAAGUGAGAUUUAACCCAGCGUUCAUCCAUCCAUCCAACUUCAGAAACUGCUUCUGCUACACGUUCGUGUCGAACCACAAAGAAAGACAUCAAAUUAAUUUGUUUGCAAGGACAAGCCAGACCAACCGGAGAUUAUUUCUUCCUUUUGAAGAUCAUUGUCCAUGAGUUGGUUCACCUUUGUGUAAAAGCCAUAUUCGUUUAACGAGAGUUAAUUCUAUUUAUGAUUUUUCAUUUCGUAAAAAAACGAUAAAAACUGAUAUCUACAAAUAUCUUUGUAGAACCUGCAAAUAUUUAUAUAAAACUAAAAAUCUAAGCCCAAACAGAAAGCAGACAUAAACUUUAAAACUAAAAAAGCUAAUGAGUUUGGGAUUUGGUCAUAUUGAAGAAUAUCUAUACGAACGAACAUAACGAAAUAAUUCAGUACGAAAAUACCAACAGAUUAGCAGAAAACCUUAUGUGUGUAUAUACUUGGUAAAGCCCACCGUUUCGUAUCCUCUAUUACAAAUAAUACCAACUUUUGUGUAUACAUAAGUCUAUAUUUUCUCCAAUGUUGGAUAAACUUUCUUCAAAGUUUGACAUUUUGAUACAUAAGACGUCGUCCAGCGAAGCAGACAUUCGAAUGCAAAUAAAUUGAGCAGUCGAAAAAAACGAACAAACAGUAAUAAGUGACGGAACAGCUUAUAGUGGACAAUCUAUCAACAUGGACGGCAUUCGUUGGCAUUCAAAGCUGAGAAAUAAUUGUCUCAGCCCGGAAACACCUGUUGUCGGAGGGGUGCAGCCAUCCAAUGUUUCCAGAACGAAGGAGAUAGAGUUCCAUGUGCCUCAAACGUUAAGCCCUCUCACACCAACGUUUGGCAGAAAGGGGAUUAACUCGGGAGAAUCCAGUCCUGGGAGCCUCUCCGGCUCAAGGUCCGAGACGGAACCAUCAAACUCCAGAACAAACACGCCAUCCCCCAUUUUCUUCAGCAGGAGCUCCGCCGCCGACAGCUCGGGAGCGGGUUGUUUGGGCGGACUCAACCCAGAGCUGUACAAGUCGACGCCCGAGACGGAGGACGAUGAGGUUGACUACCCAGCGAACCAUUUUGGGCGUGUGUGGUAUGCUCUGGAGUACGAGAUGAUGUCCGAGAGGUUGCUGGUCACGCUGAUCAAGGCGAGAAAUUUGUCGGAGGCUCGGAGUCACGGGGGGAGCAGCGCUGCUUCCUCGUCCCUCAGCCCCUUCGUGCGCAUCACCCUCUUCCCAGACGAACGACGAACGCUGCAGACGAAACCGAAAAAGGCGACAAGAAAUCCCCAGUUCAAUGAAACGUUUGGUUUCCAGGUAUCCCUGUCAUCGCUGAAGGAACGAUCUCUCAAGCUAUGUUUCUACGACUCGGACGAUGGGAGCAAACGGCAUCCCAUGAUUGGAUAUAUAACUCAACCUUUGAAGGAUAUAGAUUGGUCAUUUGGCAAGCAGGUAUUCAAAGAAGAUCUGGUGCGAGAGAUUGGAGAACUUUCACCGAGCAGUGAAGUUUCGGUGUCUCUCUGCUACAACGGGAACAUAUCCAGGCUUACAGUCAUUGUAUUCGAAGCCAAAGGGAUCAAAUCGAAGGAAUCUGCAUCCGGGUUGUACGCAAAGAUUAGCCUAUCCCAGAAUACAAAGGUCCUGAAAACCAAGAAGACGGAUACUGUGAUGUUGUUGGGAUGUCGUGCAAGUUUUAACGAGAGCUUCAAUUUCAAAUUGGGACCAGAAAUGCUAGACACGACGAGUGUCACGAUACAGUUCAUGUACUCUCAACCCGGUUAUAACAAAGGUAUAAUUGGUCAGGAUCAAUCCGCUGGGCGCAUUGUCCUUGGAUCAUUCAUGUUUGCAAGAGGGCGAGGUUUGGAUCAUUGGACCGAAGUUUUGUCCAAGCAGAAAGAACAAAUCCAGUAUUGGCAUCCCAUCAAUGAAUAGUUAAUCCAUAUCGCUGAAAUUAUAUUAUGGACCGACAUUAAAUGCCAAAGUUAUUGCACAAUGACAA